AUGGCCGAUAUGACAAAUUUCCCAUGCACGGAGGAGAAAAAAAGAAUCAUUAAGAUUAGAUUAAAUGUCCUAUUCGAAAUGCUAUCAUCAUCAUCAUCAUCAUCAUCAUCAUCAUCAUCAUCAUUAUCAUUAUCAUCAUCAUCAUCAUUCAAUGAUAAAAUUGUUGCAUAA